AUGGCUGACUCGAUUAAUCAUGUACAAGUGAAAGAAGGCAUUACAGAGAGUAAUAUUCACUUCUUUUAUUUUGUGAUUUGUACCGAUCAUUGUGUAAAAAUUAUGAAAUGGGAAAAGAUACAUAAGGACAGUAUGAAAUCAUUGAUGUGUAUUGAAAGACAUGGAAAACGAGCGUUACAAUCUAGCACGAUCCAGGAUUUAUUAUGUGUAAUAUGGGAGGAUGGCCUAGUAGUUUACAAAAUUUCAUAUUCUAAGGGAAAAUUUGAGCCAAUUUCUAAUUUAUUAUUGUGUGGUGGAAGGAUUAGACAAUUGUUGGCAAUUGAGGCAGAAGGAUGGAUUGUUGUACAAGAGACCUCCAAUAGAGUUCUUGAAUUGCCUCUGCGUGAAGAGUCUUCCUCGAUCAAGAGCGUCACCAAAGCAACCACCACUGGCAUUACAUUGGUACAGAAAAAUUCGAUCGAAGAGACAUCCUAUUGUGUUGAGAGCAAUACUACCCUUCAGGAAAAUGAAGUUGUCACACUCUCUAAAAAGCCAAUACGCAACAACAAACCUAUUUUGCUAAAUAAUUCAUUAAUACUACCUGAACUUGACUUGUCUAACAGAAUUCUAAAUGAUCAAGAAGAAGAACAUCAUGAAAAAUUUCCUUCCAAAAUUAUUUUUAUCAAAGCGGAACAAAAUCAAAUCAAGAUUGCGAAUGAAGAAACUGGUAUUUUAACUAAAUUUCCAGAUAUGAUUUAUGGAGUUCAUGACAGACUUCAAAAUUCAAUCUUUCAUAUUGUGACAGCAAAUAGGACAGAACCGCAGCUUGAAUACAUUGAAUACAACUACAAAUCGCCCAACGAUUCAACAACUCAAUUAAUAAGACUUGAAAAGCAUCAACGAUUACUUGGACUUGACAUUAGCCAUCAACAACCAAGCUUGGACAAUGUCUUAAUCAUUCAAGCCCUCUCUGGCGAGCGAGAGAAGCAAGUGGGUGGAAUAUUCUUUUGCAACAUUAAGAAGAAUGCAUUGGAAAAUUUUGAGAACAUCUCACUAACGAAAUUUAUGAGAAAAAUUCAUAUACAAGAGGAUCCAAAUGUUUCCACGCCUGUGACGCCUUAUUUGAAUAAUUCUCCUAGAGGUGAUCCUUUUGGAAGUGCCUCUCCAAUACUCGUGCAUCAACAAAAUACUCUCAUUAACACGAUUUUACGAGAAUUGAGAGAAAUGAAAACAUCAGUAGACAACAAAUUGGACAUUAUUCUCACAGAAAUGCAUUCACUUGAGAAUAGGGUGAAACGAAUAGAAAAUCAUUUGCAAAUGGAGAAGAAGUAG